AUGGCGGCGGGGGCAGCAGAAGGGGGGCGGCCUCCCCCAGGGGUUGGCGGGGGGCGGCCUCCGCCCGACUGGCCCGCCGGGGCUUCCCGCAGCAGCAGCAGCAGCUGGAAGAGAAGGGGGCUUCUGGACACGCCGCUCUGCCGCUACCUGUGCACAGCCAGAGCCGGCUGCCGCCUACUCCAGCUCGUGGCCUGCGUGCUGCUGAUCGCCUGCAGCUCCGUCUCCUACGGCUCGCCGGGCGGCUACACGGGCCUCUUCAGCCUGGGCAGCGUCUACUAUCAGCACUACGGAGGCGCCUACAGCGGCUUCGCGGGGGCCGACGGGGAGAAGGCCCAGCGCCUCGACGCCCAGUUCCACCAGCUGCUGCGCCCGCCGGCCCAGGGCGCCAUGGCCGUGGGCGGAGGGCUGCUGGCCUGGUCCGCCCUGGCGCUGGCCGCCAGCCUCUUGCGCCUGCCUGGCCGCUGCCCGCCCUGCCUGCUGGCCGAGGCUUUGCUCGACGCCGCCGCCGCCCUGGGCCUGGCUCCGGGCCUCUACUUUUACUACGCGCACCUGAGCCGUGCCUACGCCUCGCCCGUGUGCCAGGAGCGGGAGCAGCUCUACCGCAGCAAGGGCUACGCCGGCUUCUCCUGCGCCUUGCACGGCGCCGAGCUCGCCGCGGGCCUCUUCGCCGGCCUCGCCCUCGCCCUCUACCUGGCCAGCGCCGCCUUGGCCCUCCGCGCCUUCUGUGCCCUGCGAUCCAAGCGCCCGGCCCAGGCCCCCGACAGCGCCGCAGCAGCCAGACGCCUCGGCCCCGGCUGGGACUCAGAGGAGGGCUCCCAGCUGCCUCCCGCCCUGGCCCAGCAGGGCAAGGGGGCUGCGAGCAGGCCUCAGCUCAGGCCCCCUUUGCUUGUCUAGCCUCUGGGGCAUCUCUGUAUAGAACAGGGGUGGCCAAACUGUGGCUCUUUCACACACAUUGUGUGGCUCUCUCUCUCUCUUUUUAAAUAAAUAAAAAUCGUUUUAUUUA